AAUAAGAGGAGGAGAAUAUGAAGCGCGUUCUACCGGGCUUGAUCGAUUGGGAACGGGUUCUGGCAUUUCGGUUUGUGUUCCCUGUGAUUUUGUGGAAUGUCAACAAUUUUGCCAAUGGUCAUGUGAGGUUGACCUUUCCGCCUGCGAGGCAGUACGCCUUGGAUUUCGCGGAUAACAUCCGGACUGAGCCACCGUGCGGAAUGCCCAGAAAUUUGCUUACUCAGUCGAUUUCGCAAGAAUCCUGCAACGGAGGUCAAUGGCAGACGAAUCAGACCAACACCAACACCGGCACGGUUUCAGACAUAAACAGCAUUGUUGUUCCCUAUGGCCGGUGUACGUGUCAAGCGGGUUCUUAUGGGGAAAAUUGUCAAUUCACCAAUGAAUGCGAGGGGGCAAAUGACUGUGGGUCGAACGGAGUCUGUGACUUUGUCAAUGGGACCAGUUUCCCCAAGAAGAUGUGCUUCUGCCGUCACACAUACUAUGGACCCAAGUGCUCUAAGAAUUCGGACAAGUACAAAAUGGAGCAGCUGAAGCUGAAUCAGUUUACUCGGCUUGGGGGAACUCCUCCGGAAGUUGAGAUCUACUGGCGAGUGUUCCGAUUUGACAAUGAAAUUGAGUUCGUUGUUCGGGUCAAAACGACGAAUUGGGUCGGCAUUGGCUGGCGUCCCAGUUAUUUGACCUCAUCUUGUCGGAAAUUCCCGGUCAACGCCACGGAUCCGGAUCCACUCAAUGGACCCACCAUUGAAGAGGUCACCAAUACCCCGGGCUUUGACUCGGGGGGCUUCAAUGCCUACGUUCACAGAGGCAUUUCAGAGAAGUUGAGAGUCAAGAGGAGUGGUUCAACCAUGGCUAGACAAGAAAAUGACGCAGAAUGGGCAACUGGAGAAUGGGUCUCAAGGAACACGGACGUUUACAAUGACGAUGGUUGGUCUCCAAAAGCUGUACAUCCCAUGGACUGCACUGACAUGGUCGUGGCUUUUGCAAGGGGAGAAACCAUCAAGAUUGGAGAUUAUUACACCAGAGACAGGUCGACUCCGAGACCGGAUUCGUUUUACGGUGGGACCGAAAGUCUUCUGGCAGCCGAUGGUUAUGAAAGAAACGGCACAACUACCAUUUAUUUCCGUCGGAAUAUUUUGCUGACUGGCUCUGCUCUGGAUCAGGCUGAUUACAACAUAACCAGCAGGAUGUACCUGAUCUGGGCCUACGGACAGAACCCAGUUUCGGAAUUGUACAAGCAUGACCCACCGAGUGGACUCGCUCUUGGGGCCGUGUCCAAUCCGAAUUUCUACGCCAUGGACGAGUUCAAAUACCAUGGAUCUGGAAAUCAACGAGGGGUUCAUUCUGUCGACCUUUUCGCUGACGAGGCAGUGACAUCUACCAUUGGCAAGUGCAGAGGGGAGUGGAUAUAUCCCAAGAAUUGCAACAUGUCCGAUGGAGCCUGUGAUUUUAGUGUCACUUGGGUUUACAACGGAACUUUGGACGAACUGGAUUUUCAUGUUUUAACUAGAAACUCGGACCGAUGGACCGGUGUCGGGUUUGCCAAAGAUCUUCGAGCUAAUCCGUUCACCGAUGGUGUCGUGAUUUUCGCCGGGACUGGAGGUCAAUUCGUGGGUGACGUUUACUGGAACGGAACUGCGAUUGUCGCGGACAAUCGUCAAGACAUCGCUAAUAUUUCCAUCAAACAAGAAGCUAUCAACAGCAAAAGUUUUUCAAAGAUCUACUUCACUCGGAAAAGAUUGACCGGAGAUGACGCUGGACAAGAUUUGCCUUUGGUGGAAGCCACUCAGGAAUGCGUUUACAUGGCAUUCCCCAUCAUGGGUGGAGAAUUCCGCUACGGAACCCAGGGUUCUGAAAGGGUUUACCAAAUGUUCCCACCAGAAUAUUUCCCGCACGUGACGAAAAGGCGAAUCUGCUUCGGUCCUUGCACCGGCGUUUCAGCUGCUUAUUAUCAAAUGGAAAUCGACAUCAAUGCCGGAUCUUUCAGUGGUAAUGGCCAACCUGGAUCCUUGGAAUACGCAGCAAAAAUGAAAGAGAUCUCAGACACUCUGAUCAAUGGACUUGACAGAGUCAGACUCGAUGCAAAUGACUCAACUUUGCCUCUAAAAUCCAUCCGAGCAGUGAAACUCACAAAGCCGGUAAACUCUACAAAUGGAAUGUUGAUUCGAGUUGUGGCUUUGAUGGAUUCCGGGCAAAACGAUCCGUCAACUUCUGCAAGCAUUCUAGAAAAUCGAAUGUUUCUGGCUCAAAUAAAAGGCUAUUACAAUAAUUUCCAGCUGACCAACAAUAGCAUCACCUUUGCAAAAGUCUCAGUUGUUUCCGGCGGAUUCUAUGGCUGGCCCAGGAGAGACCUCGGAAUCAAGCAAAUCAAGGACUUGAUUUUUCUCUUCACUAUCGCCACACUCGGUCUGACUCUGCUACUCCAAGCUUUAUGCACAGUGCGACGCACGGUAAGAAAAGGAGGAAGUUGCGUCGUCGCACCCUGAAAAGAAAACUCAAGAACCAAAAAAAAAAAGAAGAUAUGAAGGACAAAUGAACGUUUUUUGAUCAAUGCUCAGAACAUGAAGUGCAACUGCCAGAGCUCGUACUGUAUUUUCUUUCGGAUUUGCCGGAUGAUGUAUGCGCUCGUUCUCAUCAUCCUCACACACGAACGAAACAUAAAUGUUCUCAUUCGAUCGCGUAUUUUCAAAAUUUCGACAUUUGCAUCAAGAUGUUUAUUUCUGCGUGAAGCUCACUUUUUUUCCCCCACGCGCUUGUUCGUAUUUUUUUUGUGAAUUACCUUGAGAUUGUUCGUUGAGCAACGGAGAUACUGUUUGUCGAUUUUUUCGUCAUUCAAGCCGCGAGGGGGGAAAUUUUCAAGAAAACGGAAGAAAAUUCUCGGCGUACCUGUUAUUUGGUUCAUUUCUGGAGAAACGGUUAAGAAAUUUGUGGAUUCUUGAGCUUUGAAAUGAACGAGAACUUCGACUUUUUUUUUCAA